AGCAGUUAUCAUAAUAAGAAGUCGGGGGAGCGUGGGCUGGCACGCACUCGACCAAUACCAACGUUGGCUGUAUAAAUACAUUAAAACGCUCGAAUACGGUCAAUAAUCGCUCGGCCAUAAAUGAUCGAACAAUCUGUUAGGACAGAGAAGGUGUUUCAGACAGAGAUAACGGACAUUUGUGAUUUCAGAGAGAGAGAGAGAGAGAGCCUGAGAAGAGGUUUGCUUGUUUUAUACAGAGGAAGUUGCACUGCGAAGAAAGGGAGGAAGAAGCCGUUUUCCGAUCUGGAAUGAGACUUGCCGGGAAAUGUAGUGCCGUUGAAGGCAGUAAUGAGGGUGAGAGUACUAGUGGUGGCUGCAGCGGUGACGCCGUCUGCGGAGGGGGAAGAGGAUUGGUGGCGGUAGUGGGGGUGAAAUUGGAUUCGGGGAGUAAGGAACUAUUGACUUGGGUCCUGGUUAAAAUUGCCCAGCCUGGAGAUAGCGUCAUUGCCCUGCAUAUCUUCAAUCCUGAUAGCGGUAUGCCGAUUCGUGCACAUUUUUUUUUUGUUAUGUUUAUGUAUGGUAUACACUUCAUUGUAUGUCAUAGUCAUAUGCUCAUAUAUAAAUGUUUCAGAACUCUGUAGAUUUUGCAAUUCUCUGUCUGGAUUUAACGUUUUCUUUUCAUGAUUUCCGUGUUUCACUUAAUUGUUCACCUUGCUGUUUUACGCGGGAGAAGAUAAGUCGGAGAUGCUCGCACUGGUGAAGACUCUUGACUCAAUGAUGGCCGCUUAUGAAGGCUUCUGCAACUUAAAACAGGUUAAUCUUAAGCUCAAGGUGUGUAGAGGGUCGCCAGCUCGUAAGGUUCUGGCUAAUGAGGCAAUUGUCUACAAAGCACCAAUUUUGGUUGUUGGUACUUCAAGCACCCACCAUAGUAUUAGAUCAUCGGUUUCACUUGCAAAGUACUGUGCCAGGAAGGUUGGCAAGAGCAUCUCAGUUAUUGCUGUCAAUAAUGGUAAGGUUGUCUUUCAGAGAGUAGCUGCUACUUCUAUUGGCCAGGGAUCACACAUGUUUGAUGUGCUUGAAUCGAGUUCGAAGAGUAAGACCUUGACUAAAAGUCCUUUGAGUUUCCCUCCAAGGGCAGAUCCAGAGGACAGUUCUUUCACACAGCUACCAUUGUCAAAUAGUGGCAAAGCGUGUACUUCUCUAGCCUUGGUACCUUAUAAGACAAUGGAUGUGCGAGACUCAAAUUCAGGAUCAGCAUUGCUCAGAAAAGUAUUUCAUCAGAACACAAAAUCUGGUAAGCGUGCUGCAAAAACGUCUUCUGAAUUGCAGUGGGUUAGAGAAAUACAAUGUGAACAAUCUCUCAGAGUUACCCACCUUGUGGAUGAUAAACAAAGUGUACAUGAUGAGGAGUAUCUUCCUUCAAACUCCAAUGUUGUAGAAGGUUCAAAUGAGAACACCAGCUUUCAAAUUCACAAGGAAGUAGAGUGCCUUUCCGAGAAGUAUUCACCAAUAUGCAGGCUGUUUGGUUAUCAGGAACUUCUGACAGCAACUUCUAAUUUUCUGAAUGAAAAUUUAAUUGGAAAAGGUGGCAGCAGCAAGGUAUACAAAGGGUGUCUUCCAGAUGGGAUGGAGUUCGCAGUGAAGAUUUUUAAGCCAUCAGAAGUUGUAGUAAAACAAUUUUGUUCAGAAAUAGAGAUCAUUACAGGCUUGCAUCACAAACACAUUAUUUCACUUCUUGGGUUUUGCAUUGAAGACAAUAACCUUAUGUUAGUUUAUGAUCUUUUAACCCGAGGAAGCCUUGAAGAUAAUCUCCAUGGUACUCAAAACAUCGGGAAGUCAUUUGGUUGGCGCGAGAGAUACAAGGUUGCAUUAGGGGUCGCUGAGGCAUUGGAACAUCUGCAUAAUUCAGCAUCAAUCAUUCACAGGGAUGUAAAAUCUUCAAACAUUCUUCUCUCAUAUGAUUUUGAACCAAAGCUAUCAGAUUUUGGGCUUGCAACAUUAGCUUCUGUUUCUUCAUGUGAUUUAGAUGGCACUGACAUUGCUGGUACAUUUGGCUACAUGGCUCCAGAAUAUUUUAUGCAUGGAAAAAUUAAUGAAAAGGUUGAUGUCUAUGCAUUCGGUGUGGUACUUCUUGAACUUUUAUCUGGUAGAAAGCCGAUUGACCAUACAAAUUCUAAAGGCCAGGAGAGUUUGGUUAUAUGGGCAAAGCAAAUACUGACGGACGGGAAAUCUACUGAUUUACUUGAUUUAAGCCUGAUUGAAACAUAUGAGCGUGAUGAGUUUGAGAGGAUGGUAUUAGCUGCCACCCUUAGUAUCAAACGGGCACCCAGACUCCGUCCUCCAAUUGACAUAGUUGUAAAGCUCCUUCAAGGCGAAGAAGAGGCCAUUGAUUGGGCAAGGCAACAGGUGAACGGAUCAGAGGAAGUAGAUGCAGAUGAUGAACAACAGCCCCCUCCAGCAAACAUACAAUCCUUUAUUAACCUUGCCUUGCAAAAUUUGGACAGUGAUUCUCUAUCAAGUUGUAGCUCUGAUCAUAACAUAUCUGUAGAGGAUUACUUGUGUGGUAGAUAUAGCCGUUCCUCAAGCUUCGAAUAAUUAUUCUUUGUCAUAGCAGACCUUCUCAUGGCUCCUGAAACAUGUCUACAUCUAUGGAGAAGAGAGGCAACUAACAAGCCACAUGAAAUUCCUUAUUGUAGCAUUUAUACUUGCAUAUUGUAGCAUUUAUACAGGAAGAUGUAGUAGUAAACAGUUUCACAUUAUGUUAAAAUAAAGCAAUCAAUAGCAACA